AUGUCUUCGUCCAUCUCACGAGCAUUCACGACCGGGACCCGGCGGUUCAGGCAAUCUUCGCAGUCGUCUGAGCCCGACCACCCGAUCCAGCCACGGAGCAACCUACAGAAAGUGUCGAUGGCUUCCUUGCGCCAUAAGAUUUCGGCCCCUGUCAAGCUCAUCCACACGACCAACGUUCUGGCGUACAAUGCGCCAGAUCUUUACCCCCAGUCUGCCACUUCGACCAAAUCGUCAUUUCUGAAAUCCGACGAUGACUUGUCCGACAGCGCGCAUACUCACACUUCGUCUCCUCCCACCAGCCCGGAUAUCGACGAGGCCCCGGAUCGCUGCCCGUCUCCACAGCCGAAUCACCUUUCAUGCUAUUUCACCGCCGAAAACUCGACGACAUCUCCCGUCACCACUCACAAGCCGUCACCGUUGGCCGAGGCUCCGCUCGUCCCAUCGCGCGCGCCUUCCCACACCAAGAAGUCCUACGAUUCGCGAGUACCAAGCUUCAGCUUCUCGCAACCGCGUUCAAGGAGCACCUCGGUGUCGUCAGUCAGCACCCCGGCAUCUCCUUCAUCCUACGCAAAGAAGAGGCCUCAAGUCUCGAUCCCGCCCUCCGUCAGCCACUCGAUUCCCUCUGCUACAGCUUCCCCUGCUUCUACGCCGACGCAAAGACAGCAACGACGACCCGAAAUCGCCGAGUCGCCAGCUCGCAGCCACAGGGCAGAGUUCUCGCAGUCUCACCAUCCUUUUGGGCAGGAACUUGCUCAGGUAACGGAGAUCGCCGAGGAGUACGGUGUGAAGGAGAAGCUGAAUGAGUUUGCGGCGGAGGAGCAGGAGAUGGCGGCUAUGAAACUGUGCAAGUUCAGCGCCGAUGAUUACUUGAAGGAGAUUCGGGGAUUCUUCGUCACUUUCUACGGCGUCGAGCCUGUCGAGCCGGAGCCUAUCACUCCGGCUGCGGCCCCGGCUAGUGCGUGGAUAUGA